AUGCAACACGCUGCUGCAGAGAGCAUAGUUCGUCUCCGAGACAAGAAGGAGCAGCAACCUUUGGGUAGUACAUGCAACGGCCGCUCCCUGCAGCAGCAGCAGCAGCAGCAGCAGCAACAGCAGCAGAGCAGAAGCAGAAGCGGUAAAAGUAGUAGUAGCAGCAGCAGCAAACAAGCAGCAGUAGUAACACCAGCAGCAGCGGUGGCGGUAGCGUGCAGCAGCAACAGUAGCGGCAGCAACAACAGCAGCAGCACCAGGAACAGCAGCAGCAGCAGCAGCAGCAACAGCAGCAGCAGGAGCAAGAGAACACCGUAA